AUGGCCAUAUCUAAGUUUGACGAGGUCAAGGACAAGGUCUCAAGCAGCUCCCGCCGCAGCCAACCUUCACGACUCGGGACACUCAACGACUACGACAACGACGACGACAACAACGACACCUCGGCACGACGCACACAAAGCAACCAAAACUCGAACAGACCCGAACCGGCAGCCAAGAUGUCUUCCAUCAUUGACCAGCCGAAUCUAGCCCCAGGCGGUGGUAAUCUUCUGCCGACCUCGACCCCGACCCCGACCUCGACCGCGACCUCAGCCUCGGCACAGAACCCGACUGACCGCCACCUACCCUUCAAUGUCCAGCAGGUCAUCAGACUGAUUGAACAGCACCGCAGCGGCAAGCUGCAACCGUCCCAAGAGCUUGGCAAUAUCGUUUCUGUCCCGCUUACUCCCCAAGAGUUCACCUUGCUCUCACUUUAUCUGUGGAAGGAUCAGUCGCAGGCCAACUGCCUGAUCCGUCCAAGCGAUCCGAACAACAACAGUGUAAACGCCCAAGCGACUCCUCCAGCAGCUCCUUCAGUCAGUAGCAGCAGCCAGCCGCAUGACACCGAGCUUGGCGCAUAUGUCUUGGACGAGCUCAUCUAUUCCUACAGCCCUCGCCAAAGUUGCUUCGAGAUUCGCAUCAUGACCAUUCUUCACGAUGAAGUCGGCCACGCCCUUGCUGCCCUCAUCCUCGAUUCAGCGGCACGCGCUGCAAGCGGCCACUCCGCCGCCGCCGAGGACGUCAUUCAGAAGCUUGAGGUGCGAAAGUCUCCGAACGCGGCGUCCUACCUGUGCCAGGCCCCCAACGAUGAGGGCGGCGGCGACGGCUACACGACCAAGUUCUCCGACGGCAUGAUCGGCGUCAAGGGCAACCCGAAUAUCCAGAGCCUCAGCAUCGAGGUCGACUACAGCAACAACAAGGGCCGUGACAAGAUCAAAGAAUUCAUCGCGUACACCGUCCCCGUCGGCCACGCCCGCGCGGGCAUUGUUCUCGACAUCGCGUACCGCACGCCCUCCGCCCGUCUGUCCACGCGCGAGCCCCCCGAGACGGCGACGGCCUCCCUGUUCCGCAGAGAGGUGGCCAAAGGGACUUUCUUCCCCCGGGAGCACGCGGUCGUACCCGUUGAGCCCGGCAGGCAUCUGCGCCUCCGCCUCGGCGACUUGAGCGCCGACAUGCCGCCCGCGGCAGCCGACAUCCCCGUCGUCAUCGAGGGCAGCGAGAUCACCGGCAUCUUUGCCGACGCGGCGGCUAUGCAGGCGCUCAGGGACCAGCAGAAGGCUCAUCUGGAGACGGCUCUCGCUGAAUCAUUAGCCGCCGCCGCCGCCGCCCAUGCGCCCGCAGCGUUGCGAGAUCGAGAAGGCAAUGUGGGGGGCCUCAACGAUGUGGAGGACUCCAAGGAUCCUGAUGAGCACACUGCGAGAUAG